CUGACAAAGUAACGACGACGACCACUACCGCACCGUUACCCCCUCAACCACCACCCUAAAACGCUGUCGUUUGAAACAAGCUGCGGAGAUCCACUGUAACAUUCGAUUCGAUUCGAUUCCACGGUUUCGUACAGUUCAAAAGGAUCAACCAGGUUCACAUUUUCAUCGCGCUCGAGCAAUUUGGGUAUCUUCAUUUCUUCCAAUUCAAAGUAUGCGUUGCAAUUUCUAGGGGAAUUCCCCGAUUGUUUCACCUGUAGCUUCAGUUUCUCGAGAUAUUAAAAGCGUAGAUCGUUGCUCUGUUAUUUUAUUUGCAUGACUGGUACAAGCGUUUCUGCUCAAUAUCUUGGUUCUCGGGUUCUGUAGUAGACGCCUGAAAUAGACAAUUGGCGAGUGCGGUCAAAUCGAUUUGUGGGAAGAUUAGGGUUUUUGGCAAAGGUUUAAGGGAUUUAUUGGGUUUAUAUGAAAAGUGCAGCAUUAGCAUGCUCUAGUUGUUUUGAAUUUGAUCCAACUGAAAUUAGGGUGUCCCUUUGUUGAUGGUAGAUUGAGGAUGGUGAGGCUUCUAGGGUUCAUUCGUGGUCUUGCAGAUGAACCCCGGGAAAUUGCGUCAAGGUCAAACCUGACCGGUGAGUCUAGUGAAAAUGGGUGGCUCAUCAGGUUCUUUGACUCGGCGUUCUUCUGUGAGUGGAUUGCUGUUAGCUACUUGUACAAGCAUGAUCAUGCUGGGGUGCGUGAUUAUCUCUGUAAUAGAAUGUACAGUCUUCCCUUGCAGGGGAUCGAGAGUUAUUUAUUCCAAAUAUGUUACAUGAUGAUACACAAGUCGAGUCCAUCCUUGGAUAAAUAUGUGAUAGAUGUGUGCUCAAAAUCGCUUAAGAUUGCUUUGAAGGUACAUUGGUUCUUGAUGGCAGAGCUUGAAGACUCUGAGGAUAAUGUAGGGAUUAGUAGGAUUCAGGAGAGGUGCCAGAUGGCGGCAACCUUGACGGGCGAGUGGCCGCCUCUGAUACAGCCUCAAACUGAACCUCCCAAUCCUGGAGGGAAGAGCCAAGUUUUGAAUAGGUUACUGUCGUCGAAAAAUCGUUUGUUGUCACUAACAUCCUCACCUCCUCAGAAGUCUUUAUCAUUUUCACCUUCAAUGGGAAACAGUUUGCAGGAGGACAGCAACCCGCUGUCUCCUGAUGAGAACAAGAUAUUUAAGAAGUUUAUGCCAGGUCCAAAGGUUAGAGAUGCUUUACUUUUUAGGAAGUCAGUGGACAAAGACGAUGAUGAUUCUGAAAAGGAUGGGUUUUUCAAGAGGCUUUUAAGAGAUAGCAAAGGUGAUGAUGAGCUCGGCCCAAAAAUUCGUGAUGCAUUUCUUUUUCGGAAGUCGUCUGAGAAAGAUGAUGAGGACUCUGAAAAAGAUAAUUUCCUUAAAAGGUUCUUAAGGGACAGCAAGGACAGUAGAGGUGACGAUGAAGACUCUGUAAAGGAUGGUUUCUUUCGGAGGAUCUUAAGGGACAGUAGAGGCGAGGAUGAGGAUGUGACCUCAAGUUCAGAGGGGUUUUUCAAGAGGUUGUUUCGUGAUAGUAAGAAUGAUUCUGAGGACAGAACACACCCUAAAACUAUGGAAGAUGAAGAGAAAGAGGGAUUUUUUCGAAAGUUUUUCCGGGAUAAGUUUGAAGAUAGGAAGGAUGGUAGUGAUAGGAACAAUAACAGAGAUAUUGCUAAUACUGAAGAAAAAUCUGCAAGACCUGCUGAAGAGGAUGAAAGGGAAGGGUUUUUCCGGAAAUUCUUUAAAGAUAAAUUUGAAGACAAGAAAGAUACAAAUGAUAAAAUUGAAGAGGGUACUUCCAAUGGUGAGGAAGGUGAGCCUUCUGAGUUUUCCUUGUUCAAAAAACUAUUUCGUGUGCACCCUGAAGAUGCUAAAAGUAGUCCGGCCAAUGAAAACAACAUUAAUGGUGGAUUAUUUGAAAGUAGUCCUGGCACAGAGAAUUUUUUCCGUAAAUUGUUCAAAGACCGUGACCGUUCAAUUGAAGAUUCAGAGCUAUUGGGGUCAAAGAGACAGAAAGAGAAGCAUCCUGGAUCCCCGAAGCAGCAAAGUGGAAAAUCGAGCACAAAGCCCCCACUACCAAUUAGUCCAUCUCAGUUCCGGAAAGGGGCUUACCAUGACUCAUUGGAGUUUGUGCAGUCAUUAUGUGAGACAUCAUAUGGGUUAUUGGAUGUAUUUCCAAUUGAAGAUCGCAAAAGUGCUCUUCGUGAGUCGCUUGCAGAGAUCAAUAUACAUGUAACAGAGGCUCAGAACACUGGAGGAGUUUGUUUUCCAUUGGGAAAGGGCAUGUAUCGUGUGCUUCAUAUACCUGAAGAUGAAGCUGUUCUCUUGAAUUCUAGGGAGAAGGCACCUUUCCUGAUCUGCGUAGAAGUUUUGAGAUGCGAAAUGCCAAGCAAUUCCAAGGAGACAUCCAGUUCUCAGAAACUUUCUCAACGUGGAAUUCCUUUGGCAAAUGGAGAUGCUUUCUUGCAUAAACCACCCCCUUGGGCUUAUCCAUUAUGGACAGCACAAGAGGAGUACCGUAAUAGCAAUGAUAGGAUGUCCAGAUCAACUGCUGAAGCAAUUGAUCAGGCAAUGACUCAUGUAUCCGAGGCAAAAAUCAAAUUUGUUAGUGUGAAUCUUUCUGUGGAAACACAAUUAAAUGGUCAGCAAGAGAGGAUUGAAGGGGCUGCUCUACAUUGUGGCAGUUGGCAUCCUGCUUCAAUUUACAGCGAGAGUGUAGAUGAAGUGGCUGAAGCAGGACAUGACAAUAAUUUGGAAUGGGUACAAGUUGUGUUGACAGUUGAUCCUAGGGUUAGAUUGGAAGAUAUUGAGGAUCGAGCACCACCUCGGAGGAAGGAACAUCGCCGCGUUCCAAGUACAGUGGCAAUGGAGGAAGUAAAGGCUGCGGCUGCAAAAGGUGAAGCACCUCUUGGACUCCCUUUGAAAGGUGCUGGUCAAGAUUCAUCAGAUAAUGAACCAAGGGCUAAUGGAAUUACUCCCAAAGCCAGUGAUGCCUUGUCUGGUGAACUUUGGGAGGCAAAGAAAGAUAGGGUGCGCAAGGCUUCCAUAAAUGGGAACUUACCUGGUUGGGACUUUCGAUCUGUUAUUGUAAAGAGUGGUGAUGAUUGCAGGCAGGAGCAUCUGGCUGUUCAACUUAUUUCUCACUUCUACGAUAUAUUUCAAGAAGCUGGACUACCACUCUGGCUGCGCCCUUAUGAAGUUUUGUGUACUUCUUCUUAUACAGCUCUAAUUGAAACAAUUCCAGAUACGGCUUCUCUACAUUCUAUCAAAAGUAGAUAUCCCAACAUCUCAAGUUUACGGGAAUUCUUCAAUGCUAAGUAUCAAGAAAAUUCCCCAAGUUUUAAACUUGCCCAGAGGAACUUUGUUGAGAGUAUGGCAGGAUAUUCUCUGGUGUGCUACUUUCUGCAGGUGAAGGAUAGGCACAAUGGGAACCUCUUAUUGGAUGAAGAAGGUCAUAUCAUACAUAUUGAUUUUGGUUUCAUGCUUUCUAAUUCACCUGGUGGUGUUAACUUUGAAAGCGCACCUUUCAAAUUAACACGGGAGCUUCUUGAGGUUAUGGAUUCUGAUGCUGAGGGUGUCCCAAGCGAGUUCUUUGAUUAUUUCAAGGUUUUAUGCAUUCAAGGCUUCCUUACUUGCCGCAAGCAUGCUGAGCGUAUUAUUCUUCUUGUUGAAAUGUUGCAGGAUUCAGAUUUCCCAUGCUUUAAAGGUGGUACACGGACGAUACAGAACUUACGAAAGCGAUUCCAUCUCAGUUUAACAGAAGAGCAAUGUGUCUCCUUGGUGCUUUCGCUUAUUAGCAGUAGUCUGGAUGCUUGGAGGACACGGCAGUAUGAUUAUUAUCAGAGGGUUUUGAAUGGAAUAUUGUGAGACAACUUGUCAAUGGUGACCACUUGAUUGUUCCAUUUUGACCAGGGUUUGCACACUGAGGUCUGGUCAGUGAGUAUUGUAUUUAUAAGUCGCUGGAGGGAGUGGUUGGUUCACUGUAGAGUGGCUUUAAAGUUUUUGACUGAGGGAAGAGUUAAUGGUUGGCAGCAUGCAGCCUCUUUUCCUCCCAGUAGGAGGAAGAUUCUAACUGGGAAAAAAACUUCAACAGAACACCAGGCUAAAUUUACUGAAGCCGGUUUUUUUUUUUUUUUUUUUAUUUCUUUUCCCUCGUUUCAUGUGGAUGCUGCUUGGAGAAGUUGCGUUUACCUCCUAAAUGCUGAGAGAUAGUGCACAGUGUAUAUUGAUUUUAGCAUGAUGGACCACAUUUAAAUUGGCUGUUGAGAUGGGUACUGGCUAAAGUGAAUGAUUCAUCCAUGGUCUUUGGGGGUCUGUUGAAAGUGUUGAGCAGAUGUUGACCUAUUACAAUUAAUUUGAAUGAUCGUAUGGAGGAAAUCAUGGACAGACCUCCAGUAUUGGCGAAUUGCUCUGUAAUUUAUUCCUGAUCUAAGCUGUUCAAUGGCGUCUAUCUUCUCAGAGUUUAUUCUUCAAUACUUUGCCCGGGAAAAUUGCGAUCAAAAUUCUUUGAUGAUGUUUGAUUGUAUCAUGUGUACUUGACCCUGUUUGAUUUCACGGUGAAAUUUGUUUCACCUUCAUAUCAAUCAUGUAAAAUAUCCAAGGUUUGGUGGUAUUUUGUCUGGAUCACAGUUUUCACUUUUCCUGUGGAAUUGAGUAAAUUAUC